AUGGAAACUAUGCAGACGAAAGCACCUAACGUUCGAGAACACAAGGAGAGGAAAUUUGCAGUGGUGCGGUGGAGUGAAGGCGAGGAUUCUGGAAAGUUAAGUGAAGUUAAAACAGAUAAUAUAAGGGGUUAUGAUGACUUCAAGAUGGACCAGCAUGGCAAUCCCAUUUCCACCUAUUCAGCCGUUAUCGAAUGGCGCCAUGGGAAGAGACAAAGAGGAGGGUGGCCUCAUUACAGGGGCACUGUUGUUUUUGUCUGCGCUACUCGUUUUGAGGCAGCUUGUAAACUUAAUGCACUGCUGAAGGAAAAUGAACUAUCAGAUCUGACCAAGAGGGAAUCAGUCUACUCUAAAAACAGUCAGGAUGAGUCGGAUGACUCAGAUCCAAAUGAGACUCAGAUUCUGUCGCAACCGUUGCGAGUCAAGAAAUCAAAGGCUCACACAGGGAAAGACCCUGCAGAGAAAUUUCUUGCCAUGUACAGUCAUUCACCACCUUCAGUCCCUCAGUGUGAUAAAAGUCCAAGAAAGACAGUAGUUGAUCUAAAGCGAGAGAUCCAAGACCUGAAAGAAGAGAAUGCUAAACUGAGGGAUCUGCUUGUCCAAGAUGUGCCAGAACUCAUGAAGACGAUGAAAAAUGUGAUUCAUUUGGCUGAACCUAAGAGAUCCAGUUUGCAGCUCUGCCAAAGUUCUCCGCAGUCCAGGCCAGGUUCAUCAUCUGAUGAUUCACUCCUGCCCUUUCCCAAAGCUACUCCAUCCUUCUUCACAUCAGAGUCUGUCAUUGCAUCAUCAAAGGAGUCCCAGUCGUCCAAGGUAAAUAAUUUUUAA